AUGGACGUGAAGGCAGACCAAGGACGGACUGAGCUACAGGAGAAGCGCGGCCCGCAAACGCCCGAAGACCCAGAGAUGGUCAUACAACAACAGCUGAUGGAUGAGGAACGUAUCCUCAAUGCGUUAGUUGUAGAGGGAAAUAAAGCUCGGCAGGAGACCGCGCCACAGUCAAGUAGGACCUACAACCCCAGGGAACCAUGCCAUGCCUCCAAUCAACUUCAAACUAGCGUUCCUGAGACUGUCGGGGACAGUAGUGAAGUGGUUAACUUGAGUAAGUCAGAGAGCACCAAGACACGGAAGCGUCGAGUAGGGGCAGGGCAAGGGGAAAUACCGACGAUGGUCAACGACGCACCAAAAGCUCUGCCGAGGCGCGGCGCACCUCGAGCUGCGAAAGGGACAGUACGGAGUCAAGAGUCAGAUUUGAGACUGAUUGCUGGACAUGGUGGGGGAAGGAACACCGCUCAGCAGCGCCGGGAAGUACCAGACGAUGACGGAUUUGAGGAGGACCAGUUGUACAGGAUACAUGGCAUGGCCCCAGUGGGUCGCCAGAUCGACGCAACAAGUAAGCCAAUGAUGGAUCUCAAUGCAGCGGAUGUACACAAGAUUAUUCCCGCGGGAGAUUUAAAACGAAAGCGUGACGAGGUCACGGAAGCUAAUCGUGCUGACACCGAGGAUGGUGGUAACGCCAUUGCAAAGCCCACUCUAGGUGUAUUACCUAAAGAAAACCGUGACGGACUCUUUGAGCAAUCUAGAGAAGCCAGAUUCAAAACCACGGAAGUGACCAGUAAGCGGCGAAAAGUGGUGCAAAGGGCAGGUGAAGAUGGGCCGCCUACGGAGGAUGCCCAUGCCAGGGGCGGCCGUACAAGUGAAGCUGAAGAGCAAACACAGCAACAAAGGCGAAUACAGCCCCAAAGAGGAGUGAAAAUCACUCGAAAUGAUCUAAAGAGCGGGGCGACGGUUGGACGAUGGGAGCUCAAAAUGGCACAAGCCAACCGAACGCAACGGGCCGAUAGCAGGCGGACGACCCAGAAGCGCUUGGGGAUGGCCGAACUCGAAGUCGAAGCGCAGAGGUACCAAGAAUUAUCUGCAGCAAUCAACAAGUAUUUGAUUGUAACAAUCGUCGAGGUCCUGGAGGAUUCCAAGAGGACAAAGCCCAUUAACUCCGAGUAUACUAUGGCACAGGUCCCCCAGGACCUACUUGAAAAUAUCUCUAGGGGCCUUUGGAACGCUAACGUCGCGGGGUAUUAUAUGGCUGCGUCCUUGCUGAUUCGGCAAAAAAAAAUUGAUCUCCAUGAUCUCCCCAAUUCAGCACAGUUAAUUCUAAAGCCAGUCUUGCAGCUUCUGGAUGCUAAAUCAUAUGAACCAUGCAUCCAUCCUGACUUUCGCUGCACAAAGCUGCAGUGCUAUGAGCAAUGGUAUGUCCUGUGUUAUCGAGGGGAGAAGGAGAUUCCAUUCACGGAGUUCAAACAAAGCUAUUGGAUGCCUGAAGUGAAAAAAUAUAACAAGAACCUCAAAACCGACUUUUCCAGAAAGGCGGAGAUAUUUAGUGGAGAGAUGAGUGAUAAACACCAGCUUAUGACGACACUUUACACGAGAGAGUGUAUAGACCUACUCACGCGGAAAUUGGACGCCGAUUGUGAUAUGAUGGGUUCACAGACAGGGGAGUCGCAGGAAUCUGAGGCCUCAGGCACGGGGGCGGGACGCUCACAAAUCGUCAAACGAGCUUAUAUGUCUUCUAUACAAAAGCUGAAGAGGGAGGAGGGGGCGGCAACAAGAGCUCUGCGCAGAGAAAUUGCGGCUCUGCACAGGCAACUCGCAACUCUGAAGUCGAAAAGCGAAAACGUCCAGGAAUCGACCAAAUCAAACGAGGAGUUGGUUCUGGAGGUGGAUGAACUUCGAAAGGAAGUCGCGAGAUACAAAGAGACAAUCAGUGACCUAAAUAAGAAAAUCAAGACCCUGCAUGAAGACCAGGAGAGACUAGAAUCGGAACGUACGCAGCACGAGCAAACGAUCAAGACACAAAGUGAGAAAAUCGGCAGGCUGGAGCAGGAGAAGGCGGCAUGGGAGAUUGAGAGGGUGGAGUUGGAAGGGACACAGGAAGACUCUAAAAAUGAAUUUACAAUGCUACAAAAUAAGCACAGCGUAGAAAUUCGAGCCCUAGCCCAAAAGCAUGAAGACCAAGAGAGAUGCACGCAGACAGAAAUCAGCGACUUGAAGGAAAACAUUAAGAUAUUGAAAGAGGAAAGGAAAAGGGACAAGGAGAUGCGCAGAAGAGAGAACGAAAUGGCGGAAACCGACCUGCAGAGAUUAAGAACAGAAGCCACAGAACAUCAGAAAGAGAACAAAGAGCUGACACAAAAGUUAGCGGAUGAAGGGCGAAAUGCAAAGUCAACAAUAGACAAGCAAACGACAAUUAUUACCGGGCUGGAAUCAGUCAUUCUCUCUUACAUCCAAACAAGGUUAAAAUGGGCCAAGGGCCUGGAACUUCAUGAAUUGAGGAAGCAGGUCGAGUCACUGAGGGUCCAAAUCAGCAACCAAUCCGACGCGGACCACGGCGCCAUCUAUGAGCUUUGCAACAAGAUACAGAUGAAUAGAAAUUUUCCGUCAGUGGAUGACGAGCUGAGACAUCUCAAGGAUGAACACAAAAAGGCAAUCGAGGGAGGAAUAGAGGUAGUGCGUCAAUUUUUCAUAUCCAUGGAUCGGGGCGAGGCGGACUCGAAGGACGUCGAGAAGCCUGUAAAGCGAGAAGAGCCUGAUCCCGAUACAAUGAGCUCCGCGCUACAAUCCGCCGGCCUGCGCUGUACACCAAUGCUGGAGCACAUGAAACCAUUCUUCUCCCAGGAAUUUCGCAACACCGUCGGCGCCGAUAUGGCGCAGCCAACUGACAUGUACAACAUUUACCGCCCCGUAUUCCUGCUGUUGCAGAGGUUCUUACAGAACAAAGGGACAAUGAAGCACAAGCUUUCUGUGCUGCAAGAGGAGCAUAGUGAGUGCGACAAAAACCUACAAAGGUCAAAACGAUCAGCAGAGGCCCUACAGACAUGCUUGGACAACAAAACAAAAACAGCUGCGAAUAACCGAGAAGAACUAUGCAAGCUGAAAGCACAAUGGUCCGAAGUUCACGAGCUUAUUAAGACGGCACUGAGAUUAUAUGAGACAAAAAGUAGCACGCGGGAAGACCCCGGCGACGAAGGCUCAGCCGAAAGCCGUAUAAAGACCACGGGAAAAGCAUUAGACAGAAGUUCAAGCCGAAAAGCAGACAAAAGCACGGACUUACCCAUAGGCGAAAGUUUUGAUAAAAGCAGGAAUCAAGACCUUGAACAACGGAUCAAAGACUGUUUGCGUAAGGGCGAUUUGGCCGAUCGGGCUGUUCUACGGCGCUGGCACAUUAUGUGGUGCGGUUGCGAAAACUUCCGUAUCGACGGUGACGGUGUUUCAACAACGGGGACUUGCACAUUGCAUGGCGUGCCUGCCACAGUCUCGGCAAGUAGCGAUGCAUCCAAGCUCUGUUAUUCGAUGUUGGAGUGGAUGCAAGGCGUUUUCAGCUACCGCCAGGAAUCUCUCAGAGCGCUGAAGGUUGAGGUUUGCAACGGAGAGGAAGAAAUCGACAAGCUGCGGCAGACGGUUACUGAAAGGGAAGCUACAGCGAAAAGAACAUUGGAACUGUUGGAACAAAACAUAGCCCACGAAACGAAGCGAUACGACGCCCUAAAGGAACGUUUUGAUACAAUCGAGCAAGGCAAUUCGAUACUGAACUUUGUCGCAUCGGUGCAAGACAAGACACAAGAUAGCGACGUCGUACUCGAACCACAGCCGCCAAAAUCCGGAGAAUGGGCCAACCCACAGGUAAUAACGUGCUUGCACACCAUUCUAUGCGGGUGCGCGUUAGAUUUGUCAAAUCUAUCCGAGCUCACUUUUGAUCCAGCAAAAUAUAAUGACUGUAAGCGCGUAUUCCGGAGUAUACUCCCAGAAAGCAUCAAAGCCGAAAUAGACGAAAAGUUUGCCACUGGUUCCAAGUUUCUCUCUACUGUGGCAAAGCGCUGCAAGCUUGAAGCGAAGCUGGUGGAAGAUUUGAAAGCUAGUCUCCGCGCCAGAGACGCGCUCUGUCGAGAGAAUGAGGUCCUCAAAAAUGAAGCAGGCGCCAAGAGAGCCGACUCAAAGAAAAUUAUACAUUUGCAUCGGAGGGCCUUUCUUGAUUUUGCACGAUUAAUUGUCGAACCCUUCAGCGAGGGGUUUCUCCAGCACGGGGACAAAGGAUCCACCAAGUGCAAAAAUCGAGAGAUAAAACUUAACCAAGUACGGCUGUGGCUUACGCCGUUGGAGGAGGGAAAUGUGGAAUCAGACGAUGAAAAACUGACAGCACCUAUUGAGAUAUGCACAGGUCCGGAGCCGGCGGACGACACCGAAAAGAUCUUUUCGCAACUAGUCCGUGUGCAGGAGGUUGCUAACAGAGAGCAAGAAUUCAACAAGCUAGUUGCUGUGAAAGCCGAAUUGCAAGAAAAGGUUGCAAACAAGACGCGGCAAUAUGAGAAAUUAAAGAACAGUUUUGACACAAUCGAAAAACACAACUUGAUGGUGAAGUUUGUCGUGUCAGUGCAAGACAAGGCACAGCACAGCAACCUUGCGCUCGAACCUCGUCUGAAAACCGGGGACUGGGCCAACCCGGAGUCAGCUUUUCCAAUGUAA